UGCGUGUGCUGAGUAACAUCGUGAGCGUGUGAUAAACGGAUUACCAUAGAUUAUAUCCUGAUAAUAAGACACCCCAUUCGCAAAUCGAAUGAUUACAGUGAUCAGUGAAAUUAAAAAAAUACUGGAAAUAAUCAGUGAAUUCUGAAUGUGAAGAGAUCUCAUGUAUCGAUGAAGCAAAACUAAUAAUAUCCAAGUGUGUAUGUGUGUGUGAGAGGGAGAAGGAAGAGGAAUUGAUAUAAAUACCGAAUUCCACUCGAGAAAAUUCUUCAAGAAAAAAUAUAUUAAUCCCUGGUGACUCAGGGAAGGAAACUAGUGGGGAUUUUAAGUCUUUUAUAAUCGGAUGAGACGACGGGUAAUGGAAGACAAUUAAGAAGUGAAAGAUAACUUGAGUCUGGUGUAUUAGCCAAGAGGGCUUAGUGAAUAAUUGGAGAAGUGAGGAUAAAGUAAUUCGAUAUAUAUCCGUGAUUAGUGUUUCCAGAGUAAAAAAAAAGAAAAAUAGUUUGCAAAAAUCCAGAGUGAAGUAAAAGUCUAAAAAUAAUAAUCAGCAAACGAGACUGUGCCACUGACCACCAGGAUCCACCAAUAAUUCAACAGUUGAUGAUUUUUAUCACCACUUUGAUGUAGUUCAUCCUCCCAAUGAUGCUGACUACUAUUACGUGACAACUACUGACUCGUGAAGGCUCAUCCAAGUGACAGUGAAUGUGACGAUUUAAUUUUUUUGUGAUAGAUCGUCUGGUGAUAACGAUGAUCUGCUGACUAUCAAGUUGUCUGACAGUUGUUGAACCCUCACUACUUGUCAAACUGAAGGUACCACUGGACCUACCCUGAAGUGUCUAAAAUACGUGAUAACAAAGGGGUGUAAGUGAUAAUCGUGUUGUUAACAGUGGAGGGUGGUGGUAACGGUGUACCAGGGGUCGUAGUAGGCCCCGAUGAGGUGAUGAUGGGCUAUAGUGCCACAGGAGCCAGUGGCGCUAUGGGUCCAUCAGCGGGUGCUGAUGUACUUGGCUCAACUGGUGAUUACAGUCCACAAGGUACACCAAAUUCAUUAGGUGGUCAUAAUACUGGUCCUGUUGAUGCUUCAGCAUAUACAGCAAGUGCUACUGGACCAACAACAUACAGCCCACAAGACAGUCCAGCAAGUUCAGCUGGUGGUGGUAAUAGUAAUGGACAAUUACCAAGUUUUGGAUUCACUCAGGAGCAAGUUGCAUGUGUCUGUGAGGCGAUGGUGUCGUCUGUCCAGGUACUCCAGCAGGCUGGUUCUGUUGAGCGUCUUGGACGAUUUCUCUGGUCACUACCACAAUGCGCUCGACUCCAACGUCACGAGAGUGUUCUAAAAGCUAAAGCAAUUGUUGCAUUUCAUCGUUGCAACUUUAAACAACUGUACCAGAUAUUGGAGAGCAAUACAUUCAGCCCCCACAAUCAUCCAAAACUCCAGGCAUUAUGGUUGAAGGCACAUUACAUCGAGGCAGAGAGAUUGCGUGGUAGAGCACUUGGUGCCGUCGGUAAAUAUCGAGUAAGACGUAAAUUUCCUCUACCUCGAACCAUCUGGGAUGGUGAGGAAACCUCUUACUGCUUCAAGGAGAAAUCUCGCAGUGUUUUGAGAGAAUGGUACACGUCAAAUCCAUAUCCGUCGCCCCGGGAGAAGCGAGAGCUUGCUGAGAGCACAGGCCUGACAACAACCCAAGUCAGCAAUUGGUUCAAGAACAGAAGACAACGGGACAGAGCUGCUGAGCAGAGUGGCCAACGGGAGGGAAAAGAACAGGGAUCCAAUCUCUGUGACUCUAGUAGCGAAAGUGGUGAUGACACAAAACGACAAUCUGUCACCCAACAGCCACCACCCCAGCCCUCAUCAUGUGCUGUACAACAACAACAAACCCAAUCCCAACAAGGACGAAUGGUUGAUCAUCAACAAUCCCCGAGUAUGUAUCAGCUACCAGCACCAGUAACAGUGUCAUCGCCCCACUCAUAUCAUCAGAGUCAUGGUCAUACUCCAACACAUCAUAUGCAUCAUGAUACGAGUAGUGAGAGUGGUGAUGACAAGAGAAAUCUUCAUCAUCAGUUGCAGCAUCAUCUUCAAACUACUGGACACAGUGGUCACAGUUUGAUACAUCCAACUGCUACAUUACCACCACCACCACCAAGUUGUGCACAACAGAAGAGUCAGCUGGAUUACAUGCAGUACUAUACCCCACAGGAUUACCUGAUUGGCACCCCAACAUCAGCCGACAUUCAAAAAUCCCUCCCCCACACAGCAACAUCAAUGCAAAUGGGUGCAAUAGCACCAACAAUGGGCGGUCUCAGCCCAAUGGGACCAUCAACAAUGCUACCAAAUACAAUGCAGAGUGUCAACAGUAUGAAUACAAUGUCAAUGAACGUUGGUAUGGGUAUGGGGCCAUAUCAAAGUAUGGGCUCAAUGGGAAUGACAACACCACACGCUGGUUAUCACAGUGGUUUAGUACUCGGUGAUUAUCACUCGUUGUGACCCUGGGUUCCAAGUACACCAGGUAAACGUAAUCAGGAAAAGACUUAGUUGGCUUUGCGGUUAAUUUUCAAUACCAAAAAAAAAAAGAAAUUUUAAAUCAGAUAAAAAUUUAAAAAUGACAAUUACGUGAUUAACAUUUGAUAGGGAUAUUCAGUAUUUUUCAUUCAAUAAAAUUAUUCUAGACAACACAGCUUCCCAGGAAUUUUCAUGGGCUUCAACAAAUGUAAAUGUCAAAGGCCACUAUUUUUAAUGACUCAUUCAUCUUCAUUUCUCCCACUGCUUGUCUUUUAUUUACUGUAAAUAUGUAGAUACUAGGAGUAAAUCAUCAUUUUGUUGUUUAGAUCGGAAGUGAAAAAUGAAAAGACACGUUCCCAUCCCCCCCAUCCACCCCCCCAACCCCCUCUAGCUCAGCACAAGCGCCCGUGCAUAGUGAAAAAUGCAUAUAUAAAGAUUAAUAAUCGUAGUAAUUAUCAAUUUAAUCUGUAAAUAGUUGAGUAUACUCGUAAAUCCGUUUAAUUGUGAUUAUUACGGACGAUGAGAUUAAAUCAGAAGAUAAGGGGUCCGAGGGACGAAACAGGGUAGACCAUAUUACGAUUGGCCAAUCCAUUUCAUUGAUGAAAAGUAUUCAAUAAAAAAAAAAAAAAUACGCUAGAAUUACAAUUACUGCCUUUUUGUUUCGAUUCACGCACAAAACACUUAUUUCCUAACGUUAAAAUUACACACAACAUUCCGAUGGGAUAUCCGAUAUAUCGAGAGUCGAAACAAAGAGUUUUUAUCUCCUUCAAUGAAAAAUAUAUAACAAUAAAUUGGAGUGUAUUUUUUUUUUUCUCGACAAUUUUUAUUUUCAUUUGUCGCACAAAAAUCAUUGACGAGCCAAAUUUAACUGGUCUUUUAGAUAAACUAUUCUGUCUUUGCAUAAACAAUUGAGAUGAAUUAUUUAAUUGUAACGAAGGAGAGUGUUUUCACAAUUUAAAAAACAACUAGCGGACAAAAAAAAAAUAAAAA